AUUCCCGCCAAUAUUUCAAAUUUCCUUGAGACCCUAGCAACACUUCUAUAACAAUGCACAGCUGGUAAUUCAACGUUUACAACACUGGCAAUAAUUGUGGUGUCUAAAAAAGAGCAAUAUUACGAAAAUACAGCAUGAGUUCGGGAUUUGUGACUGAAGCUGAGGCGGCCGAGCAAAGGCAGAGACGUCAGGAGGAAUGGGAGCGUGUACGUCAGCCAGAGGAUCCACUAGAACGACCCGAGGAGCCCUACGACGGACGCUCACUGUACGAACGCCUCAAACAAAACAAGGACAAGAAGGACAUGGAGUACGAGGAGGCUCACAAGCUGAAAAACCUCAUCCGUGGUCUCGACGACGAUGAGGUGCAGUUUCUGGAGUUGGUCGAUGCCCAUAAAAUGCACGCGGAGCGCCAGCAAAUGCGCGACGAGGAGCUAGAACUAAAGGAUUUCCGCAAUCGCGUGGAGAAGCUGCAGGAGGAGAGUGUAGACAAGAAACUGCAGGCUGAACUAAAAACCACAGCCAAAUCUGGGGGAGCUUCGGUCGGGCGUAGCACUCAAAAGACGCUGCUCGGCCAGGGCAUCAAGAGGAAAAACGGAGAACUGCCCACCACCAGCAAGGUAGCCAAAAUCACUGAGGAUGAGGUGGUCCAGAUGGCAACGAAUGAGACAACCAAGGACCCUGCUGAUAAGACAACGAACACCACAUUCACUACUAACAAAUACAACCAGGGAGCCUUAAAAUGCAUCGCUGUACUUCCGGGCAUCGGCUCCUACACAGAGUCUAGUGACUCGGAGGCCAGCACCGAUGAGGAGGAACCCGACAUUUGUAGCCGAACGGACUUGUGUGGCCGCAAAAUUCCCAAAAAGAAGCAGUGCACGGAGUAGGAUCAACUUUUUAUUUGGAUUCUUAAUAUGUAGUUUUUCCUUGCAAGAGAAUAUAGCCUAGAGUGUAAACGUAA